AUGACGCCCAAUAUUUCGGCAGAGGCCCUGGCGCACAUCCGCAAGGAGUCUCUCGACCUGUAUAAUAGGUUACAUUCUAUCGAGGAAGAUAUAUCUUUUGUCGACAGCGUCCGCCGAGCAUAUCCUUCCCAAGCUUUUCUGCCCAAUUUGCGAUGUGGUGCCUGGUACACUGAUCCAACAUAUUCAAGGAACACACCCGCGUAUUUCAAGUCUACCGACGGGCAUUACGGCAACUGGAGCUUCAACCUGAGACGCCCAAACUUACAUCUGAUAAACGUGGCAAUCGAACAUCGGGGGCUCAUCCUUGUAGAUUCGACUCGUGCUGGGAAACGAAUACCGGACGCACUUUCCAAGACGUUGCCCAUCUGGUGCUCUGUGAUCAAUCGCGCAGUACUCCUCCGACAUCAAGCCCACGCCUGCACGCGAGGCCCUUUUUGGAACACGGCUUUGUACACGCCUCCGGCGGUGGUGAGUGCCCAGGAACACAAACAAAUCGAGAGUCGAUUAGACGAGUGGGCUGAGAAUCUCUCAUCGUCGUCAUAUGACCUCCCCGACCUUCCCGCGCCUCUGAGGCCUCUCUGGAUUUCUCCGGCUACUUCGACGUUUCCAUUCCUCCCGCCAUCAGAUCGUCCGCUUUCCGAUUCUUCCUUCAUCCCGAUUAUCUGCGUCUCCGCUUCGAAGCAAGUUCAUGAGGGGAUUGAAAGACGGUCCCUUGGCUUUGCUUACAUCCAAGGAUCUGGGGAUGACCACGAGCUAUGGGGAAUGGGCCUGACACCAGAGUUGUUCUGGCAGAACAGGGAAAAAAUUCUGAGCCAAAGUAGAGAAUCGCUAGAGACGUUUGUGAACAAUAUGGUAUCUGGAUCAUCGGCUUCGAUGAGGAAUGCACUAGGAGCGAAUCCUCCAACGCCGAUUGUAAAGGCCUCCAGCCGCCUCCUAUUGACAUCUCUGUCUGACCUACCAACAACUCCGCCCUCCCCGACAAUACGAGACGAUACUCCGAGGCCACCAGCCUUCCUCCUUAUAACACCUUUAGAGGACCAUAACACUCCUGAUAGUCCGCCCACUCAGUUGUCGCAUGAUCUGCCAUCUGCUGCAUUCCCGCCGGUGCUGAAAAUCGGGUUGACACCGGGUAAAAAAGGCCAGCACCAGCUUCUGAAGACUGUCCUUCCGCAAGCAGAGUCAUUUGUCGGGUUCCAUCUCAAGCGCGGCAGCGACGUCUGUAUUGCAUGCGAGUCGGGCAAGGAUGCCAGUAUCGGUGUGGCCCUCGCGAUGCUUCAGCGCUUUUUCGACGACGAAGGAAAAUACAAAGAUGGCCCCGGUAUCUCGCGCGAAGCUGUCGUGACGAAACAGUCUAUACGGACGAGACUUCAAUGGAUUAUAUCGGCCCGACCACAGGCCAACCCAUCACGAGCAACGCUCAAACGGGUCAACGAGUUUUUGCUCUCACCCGGGUUCAUCGCUACGGAUUCGCUCGGCGUCGAGGGCAGCCCGAGCCGUGCAUGA